CCGAGGGCUGUUUUUUUUAUGCGUGCGGAAAAGAGAGUUAGAAUGGAAAAUUGUCUUCACGCUGACAUUACAAAAAAUUCCUAUAAACUGCUUUGCCACGAAAGUAACCGCUCCAACUUGAAGGGAGCGAACCCGACAGGAAUCCUCACAUAAUGGAGAAGUUGUCAUCGGAUGAUUCGAAUCGAAAUGUCCACGGCCUCUCACACGGUGGCAAGAUAAUCCUAUUCACCUGCAAGCGUGAUCCAGCCGUGAAUGUAAGCGAAAGAAGCGGCCUGACGUACCGCAGUUUCUACUUUGAACGUGAAGGCAACGCGUUCCUGAAUGCAACAGAGGGAGCAACUGCAAUCAGUAAGAAACUAUCAGCCCAUGUGGACAUUGUGACGUGUAAAUGCGCAGUAGAUGUUCAAAAAAGGGUUAAAACUGCGUUCGUUUUGGUAACAAAGAAGAGUGAGAAGGGAAGCAGCUUUAAGUACAGCCUACUGGCACUGAGAAGCUCACACCGGCUGGAGCCCUGCAUUGAGUUCAAGCUCCCCUACCAAAUGAAGGGUAAGGUGUGCAUCCUUCAGGGUCCCACGGUGCUGUGGAGCCAUGACAACAGUGUGUCUUAUACAUCCCCUCUGGCAGAAGGCGUGCGAAAAAUCCCCAUUCAAAUGUCAAAAUGUCAUUUUGGAGAACUUCCCAUCCAGAAAGGGCAGCUUUUUGCUCUUGGACUUUCAGAACCACUUUUAGCUAAUCAUUCCCCGACACUUGGCUAUUUGUUUGAGGGUGGACACGCGUUUGAUGGCUCUCUGAUUUUACCACAUCCCUACAUUUGCAUCACACAGUGCAUGCGGGUUCUCACUGCUGACAGAGUAGGUGACGUGCUGAGAUGUGCUGUCAUUGCUGCAACUUCAAAUCAGCAACUUGUGCUUUUUGAAAACGGGACUGUAAAAGACACAUGCGAGGUUCCCUUUGGGCAGGCUGAAGACAUUCAGAUGGUUGACACAGGAAGAAACGGAUGUCUGUUUGUUGUAUCCUUUAAGCAGGGCCAUGUUUGUGCUGUAUGGAAGGAAACAUUUCAGAUAGCCUCCUGUUGGUCAGAUGUCGGCUCUGCACAUGUGGAUGAUUUCCUUGGAUGUGGAACAGAACAGAUUCUGCUGAUUUUUAGAAAUAAAGAAAUAUUCAGCGGGCCACUGGAAAAAUUUCUUAUCACUGACCUUUGUGGUAUUUCUUACUCUUGUGGUCAAGGCUCUGAAGCACCAAAGGCAAGUCCACCUCCUCAGGAAACCUCACUCCUCACUCUUCAGGCUUUGGAAUCCCGAUUACAGAGUGGAUUGAUCGUCCUUCAAGAGCUUGAAAGAGAAGUGAGAGUGAAGGACAGAGUUGUACAGCAAUCAAUCCAAGUCCUCACUGACGUGCUUUCAGGAAGGGAGACUGUUCCCAGCCAGCCUGAGCAGGAAGGCCUUGUUGCCCUGUGGGACAGUGAUGAAGAGUCCAAUGAUGAGACUCUGGAUGACAAGUUGCAUGAAUCGCCAGCUUUGUCUUCCAGACCUAAAAUUGACAAGCUGUGGCAUCGUAUCACUGAGGAGCAGCUGGUUGUUGGACUGAUACUAACCGCUGACAGUGGCAUACCAGCGAGCGGUGUGAGCUUAUCCCUCCUGACAGAGCCGGGCCAGAACUCGACGCCUGCAGUAAUCCAGACCCGGAGCCAAGUGUUCUGGCUGUCUGCGCCCGGCCCCUCGACACCAACACUCUCCUCCCCAUCGUCUGGCUUUACGUUCUCUGAGCCCGCAGCCAAAAGAUGCAGGCAGCACAUCGCCAGCGAUGAUUUCAGUGCAUGCAGACUGGCUGUGACUGCAGUGACCAAACUGGCACCGCUGCUGACCUCUGGCUGUGUCAAGUGCCGUGCCAUGCUUCAUUACGUGGAGAAAGCGGAGGCUGUUUUCCCUGGGAGCAGCCCAACAACAGCUGUACUCCAUUGUGGGGAAGUUUCAUUAGACAUUCAUGAUCUUUGCCAGAAGCCGCUUCUGCAAAACCCUCAAAUAAAAACAGAUGAGGUUAGAGAAGACCUUCUGAGUCUGUUGACAGUUCUGGAUAAUUGGGUUUUGAGCGUAGACUCUCCAGAUUAUAGCUUGGGUGACAUAGAUGGCUGGAUCAAGAGGAGAGAGGGUUUUAAAAAGAUAGACGUGAGUCCUGAGUAUCUACUUUUAGAUUCUCCAGGAUCUUCAGCUCCAAUGCUGCUGCGCUGGCAUCCGAUAAACCCUUUCCAAGGGGACUUAUCCAUCCACAGCAGCCAAUUACAAAUGAUCCAGUUCUUGGACUCCAUGCUGUCGUACCUCCCUGAUUCCUGCUACAUCCAACCUGUCAAGCGUCCAAGAAGUCAGAGCAUGACUCAAAAAUUAGCUUCUGCUCUAGAGAAAGAGGUGCUGUCACUCAGAGAGGGCUUAUCCUCACUUCUGUGUGUCAAAGAUGAAGAAGAGAGAAACAAGGGGCGUGCUGGACAUGGUGAAAUCCCUGACUCUGGUUCUGCUGAGGAUCUCAUUAGGUAUGGUAGGGAGGCGUGGCAGCAGAACGUAGAGAAGAGCCGGUUGAGGCUGAACCCCGUGGUGGAUGCCGGGAAGUAUCGUGAGAUGAUCCAAAGUAUUUCACAAAUCAAGAUGGAAUCAGAUUUGGCCGCUCUGCGUCAGCUGUAUCAAUCAUAGAGACGGUUUCUGCCCUGUUGUUUCUCUUUUGUCCACUUCAAAAACCCCAACUCUAAUAAACACAGAUUUAACAGA